AUGGAAUCAGAAAUUGAAGCCAUUUCUACAACAGGUCUUGAGAGAGCAGAAGCCGAACUUUUAGACUUAAUAAACAACCCUCAAAGACAAUGGGAAACCCUAAAAGCCAAAAACAACCUCACUCGUCAUAAAAUUUACACCGAGUCUGGCAUCAAUAUCGUCAAAUCUUCAGGCACAAUCCCAAGAUCUGCACAAAUAGUGUGCGAUGCCCUAUGAGAUUAUACAAGAAAGAGGGAAUGGGAUAAAGGCUGCACAGAAGUAAGACUUAUCCAAGAAUUUCCUUCAGGAAUCAGGAUUAUGUACAACAGCUUUAAGUCUCCAUGGCCUGUCACUGAUAGAGACUUUGUUUAUGCUUCAAGAAAAGUCAUUUUAGGCUCUGACAUUUUGAUGUCAAGCGCAAAUGUAGUGACUCCUUUGUGUCCUGAGAAAAGCUCACACGUGAGAGGUGAAAUGAAGAGCUCAGGGUUCUUAAUACAUCCUUUAGAUGAUAAUUCUUGCACAUUGACGUAUGUUGUAAAUGUUGAUCCUAGAGGAUCAAUACCAAAUUUUGCUGUCAAUAAGGUGCAAGAAGAGCAGUCAAUGAAUGUUGACGAAAUUAGAAAAUUCGUAGUAAAAGGCUAA